AUGUCCAAAGCUACAUUGGCCAUCAUUGCGGCUGCAAGUGCUGCCACCGGUGCCGGUGUCACUGCAGUGCUCUACUCCAAGCCCGCCAGACCUCAACAGCAGGAACAAAAACAACUCCAAACCCAAAGCACCGUCCUACAAGUCCCCACGACCAUUCAAACCCCAACCCUCGCAGCCAAAGCCCUUGGCCCUGUCGACCCCGCCGGUGUGCUCGAGUAUGGCUUCCCAGGCCCAAUCGCCGACGAGCUAUCCUCCCUCCCCCUGCACGGCGCCUACGACCGCCGCACGCGCAAUCCCGCCUGGGUCGCCGAGCACAUCACCCCCCAGUCUCUGCUGAUAAAGAACGCCGACCGCAAACACAGCACCUUCUUCGAGGAUACCUCCAUCCCGGCCCUUUUCCGCGCAAAGCUGACCGACUAUCAACGCUCCGGAUAUGACCGCGGUCACCAGGUUCCUGCGGCCGAUGCGAAGUGGUCCCAGGAGGCCAUGGAUGGCACUUUUGCGCUGAGCAACAUGUCUCCGCAAGUAGGCGAGGGCUUCAACCGCGAUUACUGGGCGCACUUUGAGGAGUUCUGUCGCAAUCUGACGCAGAAAUACCCGUCUGUGCGCGUUGUUACUGGACCCUUGUACCUGCCGCACCGGGACCCGGAUGGGAAAUGGCGCGUGAACUAUGAAGUUAUUGGUAACCCGCCUAAUGUUGCGGUGCCGACUCACUUCUACAAGGUUAUUUAUGGAGAGGAUGGUACGGGUGGACCGAACAGUAAGGUUGCGCUGGGUGCGUUUGUUUUGCCGAAUGCCCGCAUUGCCAAUCAGAAGAGUUUGUCGGACUUUGAGGUUCCUUUGGAUGUUUUGGAGCGUUUCUCUGGACUGGAGUUUGCGGCCAAGUUGGAUCUGAGCCGUCGUCGCCGGUUGUGUCAGGAGGUUAAGUGUGAGAUUACGGUGCGCGAGUUCAACAACACCAAGAAGAAGCUUUCUUAG